AUGGCAGCACUUAUUCAUAAUCCCGUUCUGGACGUGACUCACAUAAUCUUCAUGGUGGCCUAUAGCCUGGCCUUCCUUUUGGGCAUGGUGGGAAAUGGCUGGAUCAUCCUCAUCACUGACUUCCAGGUGAAGAAGACAGUCACUCCUAUGUGGUUCCUUAACAUGGCCAUUGCUGACUUCAUCUUCACCUCCUUCCUACCCUUCAGAGUUAUCUAUACAACCCUGGGUUUUCAUUGGUCCUUGGGCAGCGUGAUGUAUAAGUUGACCAUUAUUGUCACCUCGCUCAACAUGUUCACUAGGGUUUUCCUCCUCACUGUCAUCAACGCCGACCACUGCAUCUCCAUGGCCUACCCUGUGUGGUCCCGGAACCACAGGUCGCCCCGCCUGGCUUCUUUGGUUAUUCUGGCCAUAUGGAUCCUAUCCCUUGCAUUGAGCUUGCAGUCCUGUGAUCUCUGGGAUUCCAUGAGCUCAUCUUCAGAGUGGAACAUCAUCUCUGGCAAUCUGACAAGUGUCCAAGAGAACCUUUUGCUGAGAAAACGAAGGAUGAUGGCCCGUGUUGCUAUCCACUUCCUGGUUGGGUUCCUGGUCCCAUUAGCCUUGAUCAUCACCUUCUACAUUCUUCUAGCUCCCAAACUGAGAACAAGCCAUCUCACUCAGUCCAGGAAGCCCCUCAAUGUCCACCUUGCCUUGAUCCUGAUCUUCUACCUCUGCUGGCUCCCAUAUCACGUCUUUUACUUCCUGCGGGUCUCAGGUGAUGCACUACAUUCAGUGAUGGAAAAAUCCCUGGACAUAGGCAUCCUCUUUGCCAAUGGCCUGCUCUAUUUGCACAGCUGCCUCACUCCCAUCGUCUUCCUUUCCAUGGGCCAGGAGUUCAUGGGCUCCAGGGAAAAUGCAUGUAACUACCAAAAUGCUGUGCACUUGGCAGGAGAGCCGGCUGAAUAG